GUUAUAGAAAUGGCGAAAUCAGCAGCAGCAGCAGCAGCAGCAGCAGGCAGGAAGAGGAAGAGUUCUACAAGUGUUUCGGACUUGGAAAUAACAGACGCAGCAAAUCUGCUCAUACAACUAAGCGGAAGCUCAGAUACGAUUUACUACGACGCAGAAGAAGAAAGCGUUGGUAAAACAACGCCAACUGCUCAUCCCGAUGAUCAUGAUCAGGUGUCCUCUAAUUCUGCCUUUAAAUAUAGAGUGUUUGAAGAGGAAGAGGAAGAUGAAGUGGGUUUCGGUAAGCCAAUCGAGAAGAAACGAUUUCGCUUCAUUUCGGAUCUGUACGAGCGGACGAAGCCUCUUAAAAAUGGUGGUGUUGUAAAUAGAAGGAAAAGGAUGAUGGUGUAGUGUUUUUGUUGUUGUUGUUGUAAGAGUAGCUAGCUAGCUAGCUUCCUUGAACUGUAAUGGUGACAUAAGAUACAAAUUCCCGCUUAAUUGUUUCUGUGUAAAUGAAGAUCGACUUGUUUAAUUUC